CGAUAGCUAAAUAUUCGUUAUCGCUAUCAGCUGUUUUUCAGCGUGUAUAUUACGUCGCUCGUAAUUAUUGUUAAUUCUGUUUUGCAAUUCAACUAAUUCCUUAAAAUGUCGGUGCCAUUUAGUGGCACUCUGCGACGUUCGGGCGGCAUUGUUUCGGCCAUCGGAAAGCAGCUGAAAAGCAUCAACCUAAAAGGCGUCAAACGCAUCACAGUCCAAUUUGAUCCGUUUGCGGAAAAUGUCAAGUCUACCCGCGAAUUCUUCUUCCUGCUCUCCACACCCAAGGUGAUCCAGACAAAUCCCAAGUGCGUGGUCAAGUCGGAUAUUGUAUGUGACCGUCAGGCGGCUUCGAUAAAGUUUGCCCUCAUUGAUUCGGCGCAAGAACAAGCUAAAGUAAAGGAGAUCCGCUUCAACAGUGGCAACCUGAACACCCUCGAGUUACUGGAGCUUUGCAACAAACACGUCUCCAGCUUGGCCCCACCCGAGGAGGUGACCAACAAGGUACUGACCAAGGCAGAGAAACAGAAGCUGGGCGGCGGCAGCAAGAAGGCGUUGAAAAAGAAAUAAACGCCUUUCAUCAUGGUAAAGAAGCACAAAGGCACCCUGGCUGUCAUCGAGCAGAUAUACCAGGAUAUACCCGCAUUUUCCGACAUCUUCACCGAGGAGAGCUUCUACACGUUCGCCUUUUGCUUCGUCUGUGCCACCAUACUGGUGGCUUUUAUUCUCUCGCGGUUUAUCACCAUCAAGCCAGUCGACUUCUGAACUGUUAGUCCCGAAAUUGAAAUUCUGCACACGUACAUUAAAAAAAAACUUAAGCCUUAACAU